AAUGGCUGAGAUGAUUAAGAAAGAAGUUGAUGUCAAGGAAUCUGAGACAACCUCUACUGUAGAGGAGACAUGUUUCGUUGAUAUACCUCAAGAUGAAAUAAAACUGGAAAAUGCCGAAACAAAAGGAGAAAACAUGAAUCAGGGAUUUGAUCCUCUGCAAUCUGAACCAAAGAAAUUCAAGCGGUGUAAUGAUGGAUAUUCUUGUAAUGAUUGUGAUUAUGUAGCUUCAAGAGCUAAUCAUUUGAAGAGACAUGUUGAAAAUAGGCACAUAGGAAUAAGAUAUGUGUGUGAUGAAUGUGAGUAUGUUGCAACUAGAGCUGAUCACCUGAAGAGACAUAUUGAAAAUAAACACAAGGGAGUGAGAUAUUCUUGCUCACAAUGUGAGCAUGUAACAACUACAGUACAUGCUCUGAAGAUUCAUGUUGAAAGUAAACAUGAAGGAGUUAGAUAUCUUUGUUCUCAAUGCGAUUAUGCCGCAACUCGAGCAGAGCAUCUGAAGAAACAUAUUGAAAGUAAACAUGAAGGAGUGAGAUAUCCUUGUUCUCAAUGCGACUAUGCCGCAACUCGAGCAGAUCUCCUGAAGAAACAUAUUGAAAGUAAACAUGUAGCAGUGAAAUUUCCUUGUUCUAAAUGUGAAUUUGUUGCAACCAGAGCAGACAGUUUUAAGAAACAUUGUAAAAGUAAACAUGAAGGAGUGAGAUAUCCUUGCUCACAAUGUGAGAAUGCUAUAACUACAGUACAUGCUCUGAAGAUUCAUGUUGAAAGUAAACAUGAAGGAGUGAGAUAUCUUUGUUCUCAAUGCGACUUUGCCGCAACUCGAGCAGAGCAUCUGAAGCAACAUGUUGAAAAUAAACAUGAAGGGGUUAGCUAUCCUUGUUCUCAAUGGGACUAUGCCGCAACUAUGGGUAGUGAUUUAAGGAAACUUGUUGAAAGUAAACAUGAAGAAGUGAGAUAUCCAUGCCCUCAAUGUGAUUAUGCUGCAACUACAUCAGGUAAUCUGAAUAUUCAUGUUAAAAGUAAACAUGAAGGAGUGAGAUAUCCUUGUUCUCAAUGCGACCAUGUCGCAACUCGAGCAUCUAAUCUGAAAAUUCAUGUUGAAAGCAAACAUGAAGGGGUGAGAUAUCCAUGCCCUCAUUGUGAUUAUGCUGCAACUACAUCAGAUCAUCUGAAUAUUCAUGUUAAAAGUAAACAUGAAGGAGUGAGAUAUCCUUGUUCUCAAUGUGACUUUGCCGCCACUCGAGCAUCUUCUCUGAAAAUUCAUGUUGAGAGUCAACAUGAAGGAGUGAGAUAUCUUUGUCCUGAAUGUGAGUUUACUACCACUAGAAAAAGUUACCUGAAAAAACACGUUGAAACUAAACAUAAUUAAGUGAGAUAUCCUUAAGUUUGUUUUUGUUCUCAAUGCUUUAUGUUGCAGCUCGAGCGUUUCUGUUGAAAAUUCAUGUUAAAAGUAAACAUCAAGGAGUGAUGUAUCUUCUCACUGGAUGUGAGUAAGCUGAAAGUUCAGCAGGUGAUCUGAAGAUUCAUGUUGAAAAUAAACAGAAAAGUGUGGGAUAGACAUGUUCUCAAUGUGAGUGUGUUGCUACUUUAGUCAAGAGGCAUGUUAAGAAUAAUUAUUAUUAGCCUGAACUGUCAAUCAAUCUACUUUUGAGAUAUCAAAGCUGUAUUCAAUCAAUCAAUCUACUUUGAAGAUAUUGGAGCUGUAUUCAAAUAAUCAAUCUACUCUGGAGAUAUCAAAGCUGUAUUCAAUCAAUCAAUCUACUCUGGAGAUAUCAGAUCUGUAUUCAAUCAGUCAAUCUACUCUUUAGACAUUGGAGCAGUGUUAAAUCAAUCAAUCUACUCUGGAGACAUUAGAGCUGUAUUCAAUCAAUCAAUCAAUCUACUCUGAAGAUAUUGGAUCUAUAUUCAGUCAGUCAAUCUACUUCGGAGAUAUUGGAUCUCUCCUAACUUCAUACAGUGUGCAUAAAAAAACAGGACUAUCAAUGUUUUGGACAAAAUAUCCUAAAUUUUUGUUUGUUUGCUUUAUGAGACAUACAAAAAUUCUGCCACAUUUUUAAGUUUAACUUUUGCCCUGCCCCCUUCCCCACAUUAAGAAAAUAUUAUUGUAAAAUUGACCUAGUUGCCCAAGUUACUAAAAGUUACUCCAGCUGUUUACCCGCACUUGAACGAUUUUACUAAAUUUUCGGUACUAUGUGAGUAUGUUGCAACUACAACAGGUACUCUAGUCAUGUUAAAUGUAAACAUGAAGGAGUGAGGUAUCCUUAACCUAAAUAUGAUUAUGCUUCAACUACAGCAGGUACUCUAGUCAUGUAAACAUGAAGGAGUGAGGUAUCCUUAACCUAAAUAUGAUUAUGCUGCAACUACAGCAAAUGAUCUGAAAAAAACAUAUUGAAAGUAAACACAAAGUAGGAAAUAAAAAACUAAUCAAUAUUGUAACUUAUUCUGAUCCCACAUCUAACUGAAAAUUUUAAAAUCACAUUUCCGGGGCUAACAUUGAUAUAGUCUUAAAACAGAGAAGUCUAAGUUUUUGUACCUCUUAGUUUUUAUUCAUUUGAAUUUUUUCAUUUUUUUUGGGGUCGUUAUUUUGUAUCAUAUUUAUUCUAAGUCUCAUCCAGUCAUACAUAAUAAUUUUUCAGUUAACAAUACAUUUGAAAAUAUUACAAUUCUAAUAUAUGUUACGAAGUUACAAGUUUGCAGAUUUUU